GGAGAGGAGUGAAGGGGAAUCAGGGGAAGAAGAAUCAAGGAAGAGGGGAGAAGAAUCAGGGAGGGAGGAGGAGGGGAUGGUAUCCGGAGAUUCGGACGGAUAUCAGAGGAUUAAGAAGAUAAAAUGGAUUUCAGGGCUCAAUCGUGGGUACUCAAUUGAACUUUUCAGAUUUUGUAUUUUACCACUUUGACAUUUCUCUUUGAAAAAAAAAACGCGGAAUUAUUCCCUUCAAAUUUUGUCAAAAUGACGCUGACGGCGAUUUUUGUUUUUUUCUUUUGUUUUCUUCCGUCUUAAUUUUUGAAAUUUUUCGCCUUAUUUUUUAGAUUUUAAGAAUUUUUUACAGAAUGGAAACUAAAACUCCACUUAAACUUUCUGCUUCAUGUAUUGAAAAUUGUUUGCGAAUUAAAGCUACUGAUGACAAAUUAAUUAAAUCGGAAAGCAAACAAAUUCUAGUUGAUGCAAUUAAUUUUGUAGAGAACGUCAAAAUUUUACAACUUAAUGAAUUGCUCAAAAACGAAGGAGGACAUUACAUCCCAAGCUUGGAAGAUAUUCAAGAGGAUAUUAGAAAAAACUUGGAAGCCCUCAAGCUACGAAUAAUGAAAAGUGAUUUUCAAAUUCCUGAAAUGAUUUCAAAUAAACCGGUCAAAAAACAAGGUAUGUGGAUACAGGAAAAACCUAUUUACAUUGCUCAACGGAAGCAUAACAAUCCAAUUGGGAGAGAUGAUUUUCCUAAAAGAACUCGUGGAUCUUUUUGUUAUAUUUGUGGUAUCAAAAGUCUUGGAAUGCUAAAAUGUGCCUCUCCUAGUUGCUUUGUCCAUUUUCAUUAUGAAUGUGCUAAAAGUACAAACACUGGUGGAUAUACCUUUGAAUCAAUGAGAAGAAAUAGUAAAUUAUAUUGUUCACUUCAUCAUUGUACAGCUUGUUUUGCUGAUCAUAAUAGGACGAGAUGUUUUAAUGGUAAAUUAUUUGCGUGUGAUCAGUGUGAACUUGCCUGGCAUGAGGACUGCAUACCUGGUGGAUGUGAAAUUGAUGAAAAAGGCAAAAUUAUAUGUCCUCGUCAUGUGAUUUUUGAUGAUGCAACAAAUCUCCAUUUGCAACAUUGUGCUGAUUGUCAACAGGGACCGCUUCAAGGAGAAAAACUUGUAAAAUGCACAAAAUGUUUCCGGUCGAUGCAUUUUAAAUGUUAUAGCAGACCAAAACGAGAUUACGUUAUGGAUACAUCUGAAGAAAGGGAAAUUGCAACUUGUCAUUGGUGUGAUAUGUUUGAUUUUGUUCGUUACAAUGAAUAUGCUAUGGCUAGAUUUUCUAGACAAAAAUGGUAUCCUUGUCAAAUUAUAAAAAAUGAUGAAUUUCCAAUUAAAAGUCCUCAACUUGGUGCUGUUGGGUAUCUUUGUGUUAAAUGGCUUCCAUACAGAGGCAAAAUUUAUUAUAAUAUACUUUCGCAUAAUCGAGUGAUUACAAUGACUCAUAGCGAUUAUUUUUAUAUUACUGAAGCUAGUAAAUCUGAUAUUUUUGCAGAGUGGACAUCAGCACAAGAAUUUAUGCUUAAAAAUAGUUUAACUCAACGGCCAUUAAAAACUGAUCAAAUCCCAGAUAAAUUAUUUAGUAAUGGCGAGAAAAUUGUCAAACAAUUGAAUCAAAACAAAUACUCUAAAUCUGAAUUAAAAAUGCCGCGGGAUCGUCUAUUUGGUAGGGACAAUUGUAAAUGUCCUAGCGAUGCUGCAGACAGAUGUGGGCCUUCUUCGAAAUGCAUAAAUCGAGCAUUGAACAUGGAAUGUCCAAAGGAUUGUAAUGAACUACCAAACAAACCAUGCAACAACAGACGCAUUAGUGAAGGAAAAAAUUGUAUUCAAGUAAAAAUUGAAUAUUUUCAUGGAAAAGGAUAUGGAGCAAUUUCAAUGGAAGAUAUAUCGGCGGGAGGAUUCGUGGGUGAAUAUACUGGAGAAGUUAUUGAUGAAGAAGAGAAACGUCGUCGAAUAGAUAGAAUUGCUUCCUUACAAUCAAAUGAAGCUCAAUAUUAUAUUAUGGAAUUGGAUGAUAAAAGGGCUAUUGAUGCCCAAUAUUAUGGAAAUGAUAUGCGUUAUGUAAAUCACUCGUGUAAUCCAAAUUGUAUUAUCCAACAAUUUCAAAGUGAUUUUGAUCUCCAUUUGGUUUUAAUUGCAAAGAGAAAUAUAUCUAAAGGUGAAGAAUUGUCUUUCGAUUAUAAUAUGCAAAGACAAGGACUUUGGAGUGAAGUACCUUCAUGUCAUUGUGGUGAAAUAAAUUGUACGGGUAUACUUGCAGCAGAUCCAGCAACUCGAAGACGUUGGGGCGAUUUGGAUUCCUCGUCUUCCAAAACAACAAAAAAUUCAAAAUCUCAUCGUUCUCUCUCAGUUCCAUCAAAUGAAAAUUCUGUUCAAGAUGUUCCCUUAUUGGCAAAAUCGACAGGAUAUAAAAGAAAAAAAUUGGAAGACACAACGAAUAAUAAAUUAAAUUUGAAGAAGGCGAAGGUUACAAACAAUACUACUUGUGUGGUUUGUAACGAUGUGGCGACGGGAAAUCAUUAUUCUGUUCCCUCCUGUAAUGGAUGCAAAACGUUUUUUCGACGAGCUAUUGUGAAUAAUCGCAACUUUGCAUGUAUGGGCAAUGGAAAUUGUAUUGUAGAUAAAGGUGUUAGAUGUGCUUGUAGAGCUUGCCGGUUAGAGAAAUGUAUAAAAAUGGGAAUGGAUACAAAUUCAAUUCAAUCAGAAAGGGACAGGAUUGGCUACACAAAAAGAAAGCGACGAGAUAAAAAUGAACAAACAAAUAAAGAUGAAGAACAUGAAAAAUUGGAAAAUCUUGCAGAAAAUGAAUUUGACGUUUCUGAUGAAGAAGACAUUUCUUUCCAUGGUUCAAUCGAUUUACACAAUGGAAAUAAUUUGUCAAAUAUUCGAGUAAAUAAUAAAACAUCAAACUCUUUCGAUGGAAUUUUGGAACGUUUAACUCAACUAGAAAAUAAUUUUACUUUACUCUUGAGCCGUGGGGAAAUCCAUCCGUAUGGCACAUUGGAAGAAGCAUUGAAAGCACCAAGUAUAUUUUCAAGGCCAAUAAAUGUUAAACUUUCUGAUCCAAUUGUAACUCCAAACAAAGACAAACAAAAGAUGCCAUUUUGGCGUUCACGAAUUAUAGCUUUAUAUAUUGAUUGGGCAAAAACUUUUGCGACAUUUCGAAAAUUGCCCUAUUCUGACAAAGUUGCCCUAAUUACAAACCACGCCAGUAGUUAUAUGAUUAUGUGUGAAGCAUUCCGAACUCCAGAAUUAAUUUCGGAUGAAAAAAUUAUUGAUGGAAUUGAACGUAUUGCAGAGAAAUUGCCGAGAGAAUCAUUAAUAUUUCCUCCUCAAAAUUUUGAAUUUAAAAAUAGUACUUCAACAAAUUCUAAUAAUUUGGAAAAUUUUGAAUCUUCUACUACUACUACUCAACCACCUAAAAAAUAUUCAAAAAUUGUUGAACCAACAGAAUCUUGUGAUAAAUUAGUCAACAAUACUCAUCAAAUAUCACCAAAAAAUAAUUUUGAUAUAGAAAAUGAGAAUAACAAUUCAACAAAUAAUUUGCCAUCAACUUCAACAUCCCCUGACAAUUUUGCUACAUCAUCAUCAAAUAGUCAAAUGUCCAACAAUAAUGAUAAUAAUAUGCAUGCAUUUUUUGAUCCUCGACUAAUUCGUGAUGGAAAUAAUUGUCUUGAAACAGGUGUUCGUUCUGUUGUGGAUGUUCCUCCAUCAGUUCAUUAUCCAACAGUUGGAUGUUUGUCAGGAUUAACUCCUGUCAUGGCAGCAAUGAUUGAUUGUGUGAUGAAACCGUUUAGACGAUUAAAUAUUUCAACUACAGAAUUUGCGGCACUUCAGGCAAUUAUGUUUUUUGAUCCAGACACAGAAAGUUUAGACGCUGCAAGUCAAAGAAAUGUUUGUGCGGAACAGAAAAAAAUGAUUUCUGCAUUUUAUACUCAUAUAUGCCAUUUUCACGAAACCUGUGAAGCCCAAAAACGUUUUUCUUCAAUUUUGCUUCGAAUUCCAAUGAUUCGUAAGGUUGCAGCAAAGAAAAAUGAAUCGCUACAAAUUAUAGAUCUUUUUAAUCUUUUUACUCUCAAUUCUUUGGUUAAAGAGACUACACUUGGCAUUAAAUGA